UAUAAAUGUUUAUCAUAUGAUCGAUCGAUUGAAUUUUUUUAAACUCUCGCGAUUCAAAGUAAUUAUAUAUAUAUCUGUACAAAGUUGUACGGAAUUAUGAAUUCUGUUACAUCGCGCAUUCGAAUGCAUACUUACUUUGUCACUUUAUAUUCCGUAGCGUGAGAAAGAAGCAUGAAUGCGAUUAAUAUGAACUGGUUAUCUUCAGCGGAAGGAGAAUCUUUGGUCCAUCACUUUUACGUGAAUUCUUCUAAAAAGAGGAGAUUCUAUGGCAUUCUGGAGAGACCAUCGUUGCCUUCCUCUAUCGAGGAGGUCACUUACAAGAUCUUCAUGAUAGGUAGAUCUGGCGUCGGGAAAACUUCAGUAGUAGCGAGACUCGCAGGAAUCCUCGACUCCAAUAAUUAUACAGAAACCAAUGGGAUAAGAAAAACAAACAUUUAUUGGCCUGUAAAAAUCUGGGAUAAAGUCGUUUUGUUUAAACUACAAUUCUGGGACACCUCAGAAAGCAGUAUAAAAAAAUACAAUCACAUUUUGCCAGUGUGCAAAGAUAAAGUUGACGCAAUAUGCUCUGUGUUUUCUUUUGAUGAUGCAUCGAGCUUCAACGACAUUCCAUACUUGAUAAAUACAAUGACAAAUAUAAAAGGAAAACCAGCGAACAUAGUGAUUGGCACAAAGUUUAAACCUUGGUCAAGCUCCACCAUAGAUGAGGCACAAAUUAAAGAAUUCGAAGACAAAUGGAAAGUUAAGGUGAUCAAGUUUGAUGCCAGCAAAUUGUCAGUAAGAUCAGAGAUAUUUGAUUGCUCCUACCAACUGAAUGCCAUUUGUAACAUCUUAUGGAACAGAGAUAAAGAAUUUAUAUCCAAACUAAUGGGACAAGUGUAAUAACUGCAAACACAUGUAUUCUUCUACAUUUUAUAUAAAAUAAAGGUACAAAAAAAAGGAGAUAUCAAUCA